GAAUUGAGCUGAAAGUAUUUGCACAACGGAUUGAGAUGUCGAAUAAAUAACAUGUGGACUCCAAACGCUCACCACGCCCUCAGGUUUGUGUGUUUGUUAUGUUUGGACCUAAAGGUAUGCACUUCGUGUGCUAUCACAAUUGGAUACUCUCUGGCUAGCUAGAUAGCUAAUAUUACAUCUGUUUAACAACUUGAAUAUCUAGUGGGCAGUCAGUCAACAACCAGGUUGCCGCAGGCACUUUUUGAUAGCUUCCAAAUCUGUUGAGUUAUUGUCGGUAUGUGUCAUUUACAGCUGAGGACAUUGCUUUUUGUGGCGUGGGUGUUGGGCUACAUUGCCUUGCUGCUCGGUACUAGAAAGAUGUGGACGGGGAAAUACGUGCGCAGUCCACUCGCCCGUUCACUUUUCAUGAACAUGGUGAGCGAAAGCAAAGAAGCCGGACAAGAUACCCAGGAGGUAAUUAGUUAGCUACAGAGUUACCUUUUAAGUAAAUAAGCAACUCUAGCUAUUUACUGUCAGAGGAUAUCACACUUCUCACUGACAUGAUUUUGCCGAAGUGAGCAUUUUAAAGGCAAGAGUGUGCAAUCAGGAAGAACAAGAGACCGUAUACCCUUGGUUACCAGGUGGAAUAGAAGUCAUAAUUUGUUCUGACUCAUAUUCAAGACAUUUUAAUUUGAUGUCCUUGUUUAUGAAGCGAUUGAUACAAAGACAAGUUGUCAUCACUGUAACUCUCGCUCUCGAUUCACUCCCUCUUUCUCGCUGUUUUCUCCUAUCUCCCUUCCCCUCUCCCCAUCUCUUGUGCUAUCCCCUUUGCUCUCUCUCUCUCCCCUCAUCUCUCUCCCUUCCCCCUCCCUCCCUGCUCAUCAGUGGUACAGGUGCUCUCCAGACCUGUUGGGGGAGGUGGUACGGCCUCUGUUUGUGCAGAGCCAUCUGGACCGGGACACCCAGGCUUUUCUGAGACGCAGUAUAGAGAAGUCUGGCUUGAUGUUCACCCAGCUCUACCACUCCUUCGUCUCCACUGUCCUCGGCCCCCUGGUGUCACGCACAUCCAUCAACGGGUAGGUAAAGACAGCUCUUUAAUGCUGUCAUUCUAUCUUUCUCCGUCUUUCUCACACCCUUCUCCUUUCUUGGGUCUCUCCAUGCCCAUCACUUAUUCUCUAUUCUCACCUCUUUCAAUGUAUUUUGGCCAGGUGCCGCACCCCUCACUCAUUCUUCUUUCCCUCUCUACCAGGUUCCUAGGUCGUGGCUCUAUGUUUGUGUUCUCUGCGGAUCAGUUCCAGCAGCUGCUCCGCGUCGCCCCCGAGUGGCGAGGGUAGAGACUGCUGGACCUAGGGGCUGGGGACGGGGGUGUCACUGAGGUGAUGGGAGCCCAUUUCAGAGAGGUCUACACCACUGAGGUCUCUCCUCCCAUGAAGUGGCACCUCCAGAGGAAGUACAAGUAAGUGACACACAAACACACACACACACACACACACACAAACACUCAGUCUCUCCUUUCUCUCAGGCUUUUAGGUAUUGAUGAGUGGCAGCAUACUGGGUUCCAGUAUGACCUGAUCAGCUGUUUGAAUCUGCUAGACCGCUGUGACGACCCCCUGGAUCUCCUCAGGGGCAUCCACCGCUCGCUGGUGCCCGGCACAGGGAGACUCAUCCUGGCCGCUGUCCUGCCCUUCCAGCCCUGGGUGGAGAUAGGUGAGAUGGAGCAGAGAUCAGUGAUACAGAAUAAAGACUUAGGGCCAUGUCCUUACUUGAGACUUUCAGCUAAAUCAUAUGCUGAUGUCGAUGAGAUAUUUGUGUGAAUGCGCAUGGAACAGCCUUUAUCCUUUCGGGCUGGAUAGUAACAGUAUUCAAAAUAAAAGACAUGGGGACACGUAGAAUACUUUUAUUGUUGUUUCGGCUGCCACAAGGCCUUUUCUAGACUAGUCUCCUGAAUUAGUGUUUUUUUUCUGUCUAUAGGUGGGAAGUGGCAGCGCCCCAGAGAGCACAUCAAAGUGACGGGGAAGAAGUGGGAGGAGCAAGUCACCAACCUGUCCAAUGAGGUGUUCCGGGAGGUGGGGUUUGAGGUGGAGGCAGUGACUCGGCUGCCAUAUCUGUGUGAAGGAGACAUGUACAAAGAUUACUAUGUACUGGACGAUGCUGUCUUCAUCCUGAAACCUGUGGAGGAGUGAAGUCAAUUACUGUAUCUUGAAAUGCAUCUGAAUUGUCCAAAAUUGCAUCCAUUUCUUCCUUCCUUCAUCAGCACUAAUCUUAAACCGAUCAUCUUUCCAACGGGACUGGACAAGUGAGAGGUUUUUGCCAU